AUGUCGACGAAGAAGAUUGUGUUGAAGUGCUCCGAUGGUGAGACGUUCGAGGUCGACGAAGCGGUCGCACUCCAGUCGCAGACGAUAGCGCACCUCGUCGAGGACGAUUGCGCCGGCGACGAGAUCCCGCUUGCGAACGUCACAGGCGAGGUCCUCUCGAAAGUGAUGGAGUACUGCAAGAAGCACGCCGAUGGUGGCGGCUCUUCCUCCGAGGAGGAUCUCAAGAAGUGGGACGCCGAGUUCAUGCAAAUCGAUCAAUCCACGAUCUUCGAGCUCAUCCUCGCCUCGAAUUACCUAAACAUCGAGAGCCUGCUUGCUCUCACUUGCCAGACGAUCGCUGACAUGAUCGCUGCCUGCAAAACCGCAGAGGAGGUUCGCGCAAAGUUCGGCAUCGAGAACGAUUUUACACCAGAGGAAGAAGAAGAGGUUCGCAGGGAGAACCAAUGGGCCUUCGAAUGA